GAUUCGAUACUCGAUGCGAUUCGAUACGAUUAUCUCAAUGUAAUUAUCGAUUUGCUACUCUGCAAUGUGCAGAUGAUCAAUGUAGAGGAACUGAUAACUUGUUACGUAAAGUAUUAUGCCAUACGCGAAAUUGUACAUGCAAACAAAUUCUAAAUGCUUAUCCGUAUAAUGUCUCGAACAUAAAUCCAUUGAAUACAGAUCAACUCAUAUAGAUACGAGCCAUGCAUACCACGUGUAAAUUAACAAUUGUUAAUCUUGUAACAAUGAUAAACGUAGGAAUGCAUAAAUAAAUUUACAAGUGGCAUGACGAUGUUCGCGGGAAAUACUCGAAAAUACUCGGAAAAUCCUCUGUUUUCGGAAUGCAACGAAACCUAGCAACAGAAAAAAUGUCAAAGUCAGGGAGCAUCAAAGAUGGUGAGAAGGGAUCAUAUGAUCCGAUCCCUAAUACUGAAAAGGGCAAUGACGAGAUCAAACUGGAGGCGAAAAUGUCACUUCUCAACGGAGUCACCGUCAUCGUUGGUUCCAUCAUCGGUUCCGGUAUCUUCGUCAGUCCAACUGGCGUUCUUAAAUACACGGGAAGUGUGAAUGCGAGUCUUCUUGUGUGGACGGCAUCUGGCAUUUAUUCUAUGGUAGGAGCUUAUUGCUACGCCGAACUCGGCUGCAUGAUUAGAAAAUCUGGCGCUGAUUAUGCAUACAUCAUGGAGACUUUCGGACCCUUUUUGGCAUUCGUCAGACUGUGGGUCGAGUGUAUGAUAGUGCGUCCUUGCAGCCAGGCUAUAGUAGCCUUGACUUUCAGCGUCUAUGUUCUCAAACCACUCUUUCCGGAUUGCACACCGCCCGAUGACUCCGUCAGAAUGCUCGCCGUCUGUUGCAUAUGUGUGCUGGCUUUUAUAAAUUGCUGGGACGUCAAGUGGGCGACGAGGGUACAGGACAUCUUCACGUAUGCGAAACUACUCGCGCUGUUCAUCAUAAUCUUUACUGGGGCCUAUCAACUCUGCAUUGGACAUACACAAUAUUUUACGUUCGAGAACACUAAUACGGAAGUCACGUCUAUAGCCCUCAGUUUUUAUUCAGGCUUGUUUGCUUACAAUGGCUGGAAUUACUUGAAUUUCAUAAUCGAAGAAUUGAAGGAUCCCGUUAGAAACCUACCGAGGGCUAUUGCUGUUUCGUGCACUCUUGUUACGGUCGUCUAUGUCUUCACGAAUAUGGCCUUUUACACAACGCUGAGUCCAGUUGAAGUGCUCGGUAGCGAAGCUGUGGCAGUGACAUAUGCAAACAGAUUGUUCGGCGUGAUGGCAUGGACGAUACCGGUUUUCGUAGCUCUAUCCACGUUCGGCGCGGUUAACGGCAUCCUGCUCACGUCUUCCCGGCUCUUCUACGCGGGUGCCUGCGAGGGUCAGAUGCCAGAGAUAUUGACAAUGAUUCAAAUUUCUAGACUCACACCUACGCCCGCCGUAAUAUGCAUGGCCUUGCUGUCCAUGCUGUACUUAUGCUCUUCCAAUAUUUCUGCUCUUAUCAAUUACGUCGGCUUCGCGACUUGGCUGAGUAUAGGCGUCUCUGUGCUGUGCCUUCCGUGGCUCAGAUGGAGUCAGCCGAACUUGUCGAGACCGAUCAAGGUGAAUCUUAUUUUUCCGUUCUUCUACAUCUUGGCUACCCUCUUCGUUACCAUAGUUCCGAUGUAUGCCAGUCCCGUUGAAACCGGAUACGGCUGUCUGAUGAUACUUUCGUCUGUACCUAUUUACUUUGCCUUCAUUGCGUGGAAGAAUAAACCAAAAUUCUUUCAGCAGGGAGUUGGCGCCGUCACCCAAGCUUUGCAGAAGCUGAUGAUAGUCGUGGGGCCACAAAAAACAAAGUGAGCACGACGAAGCUGCUGCAGAAGGUGAUGUUGGUCGUCGGCAAAUCGAAACCCGCUCAGGUGUAAUCAAUUAAGACAGAUAGUGGAUCGAGAUCGGGAUCGGCGAGUCUUUUCCAAAAGUCGAGGAGAAUCCUCGUCAAUCUUCAAGUCGCAGUUAGUGACCAUCGUUUCCUUUCUUCAUCCAGAAAAAGAAAUAAGUGGCGAUGGGAUUAGACAUGUUUAACCGGAGUCUAUGGCGACGUUGAUUCAACAGAUCGGCAUAUUCUUCUUGGCACUUGGAGGCUGAAGAGGAGGUGUCCUAGAACAAGAUGCAGCCAUAUUGCGCCAGGACACUGAAAAAUUUCGACGCGGACGAAAUGGCUUUGCCCUCCGGAUCCAGAUCUCGUUGGCAAAUUCCCACCAGGACUCACCUCCCGGAAUAAGGCUGUUACCCUUUGCUCGGUUCCGCGGCGCAAGGAUACACGCGAUGACGAGUCAUCAAUUCCGCUCCGCGAUUUCUCCAUAAUUGUAUGUUCGUGCUUCUUAGUGAUAAGUUAAAUGUAAUCAAUAUCCUUAGUUAUCAUUAUUAUUAGUUCAUAGCGCUGUCAGUAUAAAUCAGGUGUUUGUGAUUACUAGUGUCGCGACGUGAACGUUGUUUCUCCAGGCAACAGCUCUGACACUCGAGUACUUUAGCAAUUUACUCGGCUACAGGAUAGAAUGACUGAAAGGAUAAAGUACAAUCGGUUACUAUAGAAUGUCAUAAAGAUACAUGAUUGAUUCGCCGCGUCAACGGACACUGAUCGCGAAUACUGAUAGCACUAUCACUGCGCCAGGUGUCACGACAAGUUUUAUUUGUACGAUUAUAUCAUGCUUGCAAUUCCGGCAUACGAAAUGAAGAUAAAAUUUAUGUGCGGCUAUGUAUCGCGACAUAAAAUCGAUUUCGACCACAAGCAACGAAAUUUGAUUUACUUGUUUAACAGUUUAUUUGUUUGGUUUAUUUAUUUUAAUUUAACAAAUUAAUCUGCUAAAUUAAGUAUAAUUUAUAAAUUGUAAAUUUAUAAUCUAAAUUAUAUUAAUCGCUACAAGCUUUCCUCUUCACACUAAGCUAAUUUGUUAAAUCUAAGAGUAAAUAUAGAAAAGAACCUAUUACAAUAUAAAUUGUAUACUCGACUCAAGUUUUAUAUAAAUAUUUAUUUAUAAAUGUUUAUAUAAAUAUUUUGAGUCGAAUUCUCAUUUAAAAUAUGUAUAUAUACACAUUUGGAAAUAUCUCUGGAUGACUUACCCGGCGAUAUUACACAUAUCGCUCCGAAUGGAAGAAAAAUAAUUGUAAUUGCAGAUCGCGAUUAUAUCUGUCUGUGUGCGACAGUUCGUGUUAAAAAUUUUCGGAGAAAAUUUGAAUUAAGAGGUUUGGUCACAGUGCGCUAGGAAGUUGAGAUAACGAUCGAAGAUUACUGUAAUUAAGCGCUGUUAUAGCCGUAGUUUCGAUAGACAUUUGCUGUAUGUGCUAUUUCGCUAUCCGUUCUUCGUUAUCUCAACUUUGCAGUUUUGGCACUCGGACAUUGCAUUUAUAAUUGAAUUCCACGUGGAUCGACGUCCAUACACGCUGGUGAACAUUCCAUAUUCCAUUCCAUUUACGAUAUCGCUUCUUUUAAGUUCUGCACAUUGCAUCUGUGUCACAUUCAGCUACGAUCUAGGGAUGCAAAUAUCCAAAAACGAUAUCGAGAUAUAUUUAUAUUCAGAAUAUUAUUUUAAUAUCCAUACCCGUAAAGAAAAUAUAUUUACAUACUCUAGUAGUAGAGACGUUAACGUUUCCGAUUAUCGAAUAAUCGAGUAAUGAAAGGUACGCCACGAAUCUGCUUCAAUCAUAAAGAAAAAGACUUUACAUAAUUAUUGAUUAUAUAAAAAAAAGAAGACUAGAGAAUGAAAAAUGUGAUAAUAUAUAGAUGCUGAUAUGAUAAUUCUAUUUUCCUUCGUAUAAUUUUGUGCUUGUUGAAAGACAAAACCUUGUUGUAAACAUUCUGUCUGCAGAGUUUCGUACCGGAUAGUAUCAUUCAGUUUUAUUAAGAAUUUUAUCAGAAAAUAGAUUAAUGAAACAAAUGUAUUGUAAAAUUCUCCCCGCGUUUUACCACAAGAGAGAUAGAAUAUUUUGAUAUAUCGUUAAUAUAUCUUGCAUCCCUGAUAUAUAUGUAAAGAUAUCUGCGCGCACGUGCGUGCGGAAAUUUAAUCCCUCGUUUCGACGGAACGCACUAUUAAAAAUUAUAGUUUGCUUCUCCAUUAAGGUAGUACCGUUAGUAACUAUUUUUAAUUAUUAUAUUAAGUCGUCACGCAUGCGGUUUUGCAAAAAAACGGAGAAACGGGGGAUUAAAAGAGUGCAUUUGUUACGCGCUGGCACUCGAUUGUCAACGUCGCAUAAUAAUUUUACAUUUUACUGCCACAAUGGUGAUAAAAUGCGCGCGGGUGUGCGUGUGUACGUGUGUGUGUAUAUGUAUAUGUAUUAAACGCAAAUACACGCGGAUACAAUCGAGUAUGAUCGAGAUAAAUAAAAAUUUUGAAAGAAGACCAACACAAUUAUAGUCUUCUAAAAUUCGGAAAAAAGAAUACGUAAUGACAAUUUUGGCAAAAUGCAGAAACGACUUUUAGGAAAUAUUCGGACGCGUAUUAAGGAAAUAUAACGAUGGUAAUAACAUUUACAUGUAAAGGAUGAAGAGAUCAGCUUGGAGUUGACCUUCCGGUUGCAUUAAUAAUUUAUUAAUUAAAGAUUCUUUUGUAAUCUUCAAGCUAAACAGACAAAUUAGGUCAGUAUCUUUGGUUUUGGUUUUAUCCAAAUUCCUCUCUUUAAAUAUAAAUUAAAAAUAUUACAUAGUAGUUUGCAAAUUUGCAAUAUGUAAUAUUACUAAUUCUUAUAAACGUUAUAAAUUUAUAACGUCUGUAUUGCAUUUAUUUCUGCAUUCAUAUUAUUGACAAAGUAAUCUUAACUUUGUUAAAAAAAACAUCGAAUUAAUUAUCAUAUCAAUAGUAUAUCUGUAGCUCUAUAAUUUCGUAUGUAUUUUUGAGGACUUCUGAAAUAACGUAAAUAAAAUGCAGUUUACUUUUGUAAUUGAUGAUAUACAUGUGUCUCAGAUUUCUUCUGAAUAGCUGAUUUCCGAACAUUUGGAGAGACGAAAAUUUUGUUUUCAAAAUAUAUAUUAUAAUUUUUUUGUGUUCUGUUGAUAUCGGCAACAUGAACUUAUAAAGUUCAUUUUGAUUGAGAUGACCAAAAUACAUAAUUAUUUAUUGAAUUUCUAAAAAAAUCCUUAUCUAUUCUGAAAUUGAUUAAGUAUUAACAAGAAAUUUAAGAAAGAAGAAAAGAACAAAGACAUUUCACCCGCCAUCGAUUGCAUAAAAAUGCGUUUCUGUCGACGCUGUUGUAGAUUGCUCGAUCUUUAGGCGUGUGCCUUUCAAGACAUGAUUAUAUUUAAGUAGAGUCUCGAUUUUCGUAUGUGUGUUUUCGAGUGUAGCGCCUUAAAUAUCCUGGGAACAAAUUUAUUUGUUCAAUGGAAUUUUAGUUGUGGCAGUAUCAUCAUCCCUUUCAUUUCAAAUUUUAUGGUAUAUUAUUCUCUAGCAAAAAACUUCUUUUAUAUUCGUUAUAGCAGCAGUUGGUAUUAUUAUUAUAUACUGUACUUUGUACUUUUAAGACUUUGAUUUUAAGAGCGGAAAAAUGUGUGUAAUCCUCGGCCCAGGAAAUGACACCGUUACACAUAUCCGUAGUAGAGUCUAGGACCAAGCGCGUUUUUUACAGGGUGUUCUUCAAACGAAAUCUUGCGUGAUUAAAGAAUCAUCCUAAUUUUCUAUAUAUAGUUUUAGUUAUCGCAGUAUCAUAUUUAGGAGACAGCUCGGCGAUUUGUUCUGAAAAUAUUGCAUAUUAAAUUAAAAUAAAAUAUGUACUAUGACCAUAAUAGUUGAACGUUUGUAAGACGAAGUAUGAAGGAAUAAUAGGUGUUGUAGCGUCAUAAUUUUUCUUGGUACGAGACAAUAACUCAUAAAUUUUGAUGAUUUUAUCUUCAUAACAGACGAGUCGCCGACGUAUGUUAUUCAUCACAAAUGAUAAUUACCUAGUUCUUCGUUAUUUAGCUGUAUUUUUAUGGAGCAUGUUUCGAGAAUCACAAACACUCAUUACAACGCUGUUCAGGGUGCCUGCGGGUGGGACUUACAUGACGUAAGAUUGGAUUAAAUUUCAUUAGUUAAUAACUACUCUGUCUUAAAAUUAAUUAUUAUAGCAACAUUCUAACAAUUUACACACACGUUUUUUAAAUUAAUGUGCAUGUAAAAUAUCAUUGAUACAUUCAACAAGUGUCAAAAUCAAAGAGGACUUGACUGACAAAAUUCAUAUCCAUAUAAAAAAGUAUGUCACAGCAAAGAGAUACCAGCAGGCAUUCUGAUUCGUGACAAUAAGGCAUUAAUGAAUUAAUCGAUGGUAAAUUAGUUGAGAGAGGGUGAGAGAGUGCGCAAAAGAGAGUUGAAGAAGAAUAUUAUUAAUAUGUGAGUGCAUAUUUUAUAUUAACUCUUAUGUUAAAGCCGGUUGAGAUACGGGUAUGCGUUCGAGUCGAUUUUUAAGAAAUCUACCCUUAAUUAACGGUGAAUAAUGAAUUGUAUAAAGUAACGCAUCACUUCCUUGCGUGACGCAUUAUGCAUUAACACGGAAGGUAAAAGCCGUAGCUUAGGAUCUGAGCAUGUAAGAAAAGCGAGAAAAGAGGAAGAUAUAUAUAUAAAUACAUGAAGAGCGAACUGUGACAAUAUAUUAUAUUGUGU